GGUUAAAAGAAAUUCAUGAAAAAGGAUACGUUCAUAAGGAUCUCCAUCCUGGUAAUAUAUUAAUUUACAGUAGGUGGGAGUGUCGUAUUACUGAUUUAGGAUUAUGCCAGCCUGUAUCUAAUCAAUCAGAUAAGCAGAACGUUUAUGGAGUCAUACCAUACGUAGCUCCAGAGGUUUUAAAAGGAAAGGAUUACACUCCAGAAUCCGAUAUUUAUUCUUUCGGAAUAAUUGCACAUGAAAUGCUUAAUGAAUUACCAACAUAUCAUGAUUUGCCUCAUGACGUAUUUCUUGUCAUGAAAAUUUGUAAAGGACUAAGACCAAAGUUUAAAAGGAAGGUACCACGAUUAUUAGAACAGUUGAUUGAUCAAUGUUUAGAUGCAAAUCCAUCAGCACGUCCAACAGCUAAUGAAUUAUGUCAAAAAUUACAAAAAUUGAUUAACUAUAUUUUGAACGAUCAUGAUGCAGAAUUUACUAAGCAAUAUAAUGAGGCGAUUGAAUUUAAUAAAAAAUCAUUAUCCAUGGAAUUAAAUACUAAUCCCAAUCCUCAAGCGGUUUACACUAGUAGGCUCCUUGAUUUCAAUAACCUUCCCGAACCUCAGAAUUCAAAUGAACUUUAUUUAGUUAGUGGAUCUUUAGGUGAAUUAUAUUUGAUUUAUGAGCAAGUUUAA